AUGUCCGGAGCCCAGGAUGUCUUGCAGAUGAAGGAGGAGGAUGUCCUCAAAUUCCUUGCUGCAGGAACCCAUUUGGAUGGCACCAAUUUGGACUUCCAGAUGGAACAGUAUAUCUACAAAAGAAAGAGUGAUGGUAUCUACAUCAUUAACUUGAAGAGAACUUGGGAAAAGCUUCUGCUGACAGCUCGUUCUAUUGUUGCCAUUGAAAACCCAGCCGAUGUUAGUGUCAUCUCAUCCAGGAACACCGGCCAGCGAGCUGUUCUGAAAUUUGCUGCUGCCACUGGCGCCACACCUAUUGCUGGACGUUUCACACUGGGCGCCUUCACUAACCAGAUCCAGGCAGCUUUCAGGGAGCCUCGCCUCUUGGUGGUCACUGAUCCUCCGGCAGAUCACCAGCCUCUGACUGAAGCAUUGUAUGUUAACCUCCCAACCAUUGCACGGUGCAACACAGACUCUCCACUUCACUAUGUGGAUAUUGCCAUUCCAUGUAACAACAAGGGGGUUCACUCUGUGGGUCUGAUGUGGUGGAUGCUGGCCCGUGAAGUCCUGCGUAUGUGUGGUACCAUCUCUCAUGAACACCCAUGGGAGGUUAUGCCUGAUCUUUAUUUCUACAGGGAUCCAGAGGAGAUUGAAAAGGAAGAGCAGUCUGCAACUGAGAAGGCAGUGACAAAUGAAGAGUUUCAGGGUGAAUGGACCGCCCCCUCCCCAGAAUUCACUGCUACUCAGCCAGAGGUGGUGCAUCGGUCUGAGGGAGUACAGGUGCCAUCUGUGCCCAUUCAGCAGUUCCCCACCGAAGAUUGGACUGUUCAGCUAGCUACUGAGGACUGA